GACUCAAAAUGGCGACAGAAUACUAGCGCUAAUUCAUAAACGGAUGUUUCAGCAGCAGUCCGUGCUCAACUUAGCUCUAAACAUUUAAAGAUGGAUUUUAACAAUGAAAAACUAGCUCUACGAAAGUAUUCUUGUUAUAAACAUUGAUAUUUUAUGUUCGUUUAAACUCUCGCGUUAACCGAGAAAGACGUAAACGACUUCAUAAAGCCAUGGCGGAGGAACGCAGGCAAAAGCAGUGUUCAGUCGUUCUGCCAACAGAGUCGAUGAAGGCCAUGGCGGAGUCUGUGGGAGUCGGGCAGUUACAGGAAGACAGUUGUGUAGCUCUUAGUGAAGAGGUCAGCUACAGAAUAAAGGAAAUUGCACAGGAUGCUCUGAAAUUCAUGCAUCAUGGGAAGAGACGAAAACUAACCACGAGUGACAUCGACAAUGCUCUCAAACUAAAAAAUGUAGAGCCCCUGUAUGGGUUCCAGUCACAGGAGUUUAUUCCUUUUCGCUUUGCAAGUGGAGGUGGAAGAGAGCUUCAUUUCUAUGAGGAAAAGGAGGUUGAUCUCAGCGAUAUUAUAAACACACCUCUCCCAAGAGUUCCUCUAGAUGUGUCUCUCAAAGCUCACUGGUUAAGUAUUGAAGGGGUGCAACCUUCAAUUCCUGAAAAUCCUCCACCAGCAUCAAAAGAGCAACAAAAAACCGAAUCCACGGAGCCGCUGAAAGUUGUCAAACCCGGUCAGGAGGAGAAAGGUACGAUUCAAGGCAAAGGCCAGAGCACCACAACCCCAGAUGGCAAAGGAAAGGAGAAGGGUCUCAUCAGGCUGAAGCCACGCAGCACUCACGAGCUCUCUGUAGAGCAGCAGCUCUACUACAAGGAAAUCACAGAGGCGUGUGUGGGCUCCUGUGAAGCCAAGAGAGCAGAAGCUCUACAGAGUAUUGCAACGGACCCUGGUCUGUAUCAGAUGCUUCCAAGAUUCAGCACAUUUAUUUCUGAAGGAGUCCGUGUAAACGUGGUGCAGAACAACUUGGCCCUGCUGAUUUAUCUCAUGCGGAUGGUCAAAGCUCUGAUGGACAAUCCCACCCUGUAUUUGGAAAAAUAUCUGCAUGAGCUGAUCCCAGCUGUGGUCACCUGUAUUGUGAGUAAACAGCUGUGUUUACGACCAGAUGUUGAUAACCACUGGGCUUUACGGGACUUUGCUGCUCGCCUGAUGGCUCAGAGCUGUAAAACCUUCAGCACCACAACCAACAACAUCCAGUCACGUGUUACCAAGACUCUGACCAAGAGUUUGUUCGAUGAUAAGACCCAGUGGACGACACGAUACGGCUGCAUUGCUGGACUUGCUGAACUCGGAGCUGAUGUGAUAAAGACGCUGAUCCUUCCUCGACUCACCGUAGAGGGAGCUCGCAUCAAAGCAGUGAUGGAGGGACCUGUGGUCUCCAACAUUGACAAGAUAGGAGCUGAACAUGUUCAAACCCUCUUACUGAAACACUGUGCGAGUGUUAUUGCCAAGAUACGACCUCAGCCGGACAACGUGGAGCAGUAUCGGGCAGAAUAUGGCUACCUUGGGCCCAUGUUGUGCUCUCAUGUAGUAAAGGCCAGAACUCAAGCAACACUGCAAGCCCAGCAGGUCAACAGGACCACGUUAACAAUCACACAGCCUCGCCCAACCCUUUCAGUCUCACAAAGUGGGUUAACUGGGUCGGGGGGGCCUCGCACUCCCAGCAUCAUCAAGGUUCCAAGUUCCCUCACUCUAAUGUCACCCAGACCAGGUACUCCAUCACAGCCGUCUCCCCCAGCAACAAAGUACAUCGUCAUGGGAACCAGUGCAGGAGCUGCCUCGACUCAACAGGUCAUUACUCUCAGCUCUUCCCAGUCAGCUUCACCAGUAACCAGCACCGUUCCCAGUGCGACCUCAACAUUGCAGCCCUUAGUAAAACUGGAGUCUGGUGGUACUCCUGGACUCACAGCAUCUCGCCCUCUUCAGAAGUACAUUGUUGUGUCUCUGCCCUCAUCUGCCUCCUCCUCUUUGGAGCCUAAGAGCUCCGUGUUACCGACCUCAAUUUCCUCAGCUUCUCUGGACGGAGGGAUAAAGUUGGAGCGAUCCGAGUCUCCCGGAGUCAGCACUCAGUCGCCACACUGACAUUUGUAUAAGUAGUCUGGAUUGUUAUCCUGUUGGAGCAACACAAGGCUGAGUUUAAUCUAAAGGGGGUAACCUCUGGAGAGGCAUGAAAAGAAUUUUCUGAACUCUUGAUUGAUGAAGAGCAAAUGUGGCCAGAUUUUGUAAAUAACUUAAUGCCAAGUGAAAGCUGAUCAUCCUGAAAUCUUCAGUGUUUCACCUCAUAUUCUAACUGAUUCGUGUUUUUUACCCUAAAAUAAAUCUCCAUUUUGUAUGAAACGUA